CCGAUGAUAACAGCCGGCUCAUCAGAGCCACAGUUGUGAUGCGGUAGUUACUUCUUCAGUACCGCCAGCCGUUCUAUCUAGCUCUUCAUGCAUUCCUUCCACGUUUCAAUGCCCGCGUGUCCUCCACACGGUCCGGCUCUUCACCAACAAAGUAUUGAUGCCCGACCUAUUUCGCGAUAUUCAAGUAUCAUCGUGUACUCAGUCUGUCGUGCGACUUGGAAUACGAACGUUACGCAGAUCCUAGUUACGCCACUACAGUGGUAGACCAAGAACGCUCAUAUGAGUUGCGGCAUGGGCCGCUCAUCAUGAACCCUGAACAGCUACCGUCAGCUCGGAGCAAGGCUUCUCCAUGCCAGUACGAUUGCUUAAAGGCUGGGGAUCCCCCAGUCAAACGCAUUUCGUGUUACUGGUGCAACUCGGUCGAGAUUCUAUGUCACAUAGUACGAGUCGCGGAGAACGAAAGAUCGCUAGCGCAACGGAUCGUCACUUUUGAGAUGAUGGAUUCUCGUCGUCGGGCAUCUUGAAGGCGCUUUUGAAGUCCGCUACAAGGUUACAACUACCGGAGCCUCGACUAUUGACCGCAGCUCGCGUGUCAGACUCGUAUUCUGGUGAUCAGAGGGUAUCUAGACACAAUAGUUACCAAACAAUCGUUCGCUGACACAAAUCGCAUACUCGUCCGCUAUUGUGGCUCUUCUGCAAAGUCUCAAUUGAGCAGAGAUGAGUGAUUAAUAGGCUGCUUGCUCAGCUGGAACGUCGGGACGAUAUUAUGGGUCCGAUCCACGCACUCAAGUACCGAUCAUGUAAAUCACACAUCUCAUCUUUAAAUGAGUGUCUUUGUGCUC